GGAAAAGGCAUUAUAGAAAGACCUCCAAGGUUUAUUUCUCCUCUGUCUUCUUUCACCCUAAGACCUCCAAGGUUCCUGUUGAGAGCUCUUAAUUCUGGACAAACAGCUUGCUCUUGUGCUAUUCGCCUGGGAAAGUAACGACCUUACUUUCUGCAGUUGGGGAUUUGAAGAAGAGUCCGGAUAGCUCUACCUCUACUUUCGGUUGUGCCCUCAAAGUGAAAUUAGACAGAUGGCCGGUGGCAGUGGUUCAGCGAGCACUUCAAUUGAUAUUGAAGAGCUUUUGAAAGACUUUCCAGAUAGAAUGCAAACGACCUUGCCGGAAGAGAUGUGUAUCUACCAUGUCCCGGUAGACAUUCGUCAAGUAAAUAAAGAUGCCUAUACCCCUCAGGUGAUUUGUAUAGGCCCAAUUCACCAAAAGAAUGAAAACCAAUUUAUGAAAGAACUGAAGCGAAGAUAUUUCAAACAAUUCCUUGACAGACUGCCCGUGGGAAAACGGAAACCGGUUCUGGAGGACCUUGUGGAGACCAUUAAAGGUCGUGUAGAUAAAAUCCGCAAUUGUUAUGAAGAUGCUGCAUAUGAACUUUGCAAGGAUCCAAAAGGUUGUGAAUUUAAAAUCCACAAUUGUUAUGAAGAUGCUGCAUUUGAACUUCGCAAGGAUCCAAAGGAUCGUGAAGUUGAAAUCCUCGAUUGUUCUGAAGAUGAUUCUUCUAAACGUUGCGAGGAUCAAAAGGUGUUUUGGAAGAUGAUUCUAUGGGAUGCUGUAUUCAUCUUUGAGCUCUUCUUGAAGAAUAGAGAAUUUAAGGAAGAUAAAAAAUCUCAAGGCAAAGAAGAUACAGAGAAAUACCAGGAGAAAUACCAGGAGAAAUAUAAGUACGAUUAUAUAAUAGCUAAACCCUGGCUGAGAUCUGCUGUGCAACGGGACCUGAUAUUACUCGAGAAUCAGCUGCCGUUCUUUAUUCUUCAAGUUUUAUAUGGUAUUGUCUCCAAAUAUAAUAUAACCGGUUACUCUUGUCCACCUAAAACCGGUUGCUCUUGUCUACCUGAAACCGAUAAAACCUGUUGUUCUUGUCUACCUGAAACCGAUUGCUGUUGUCCAUGUAUAGCUUUCCGGGAACUUACUUGCACGUUCUUUAAGAAGUACAACAAGAACAAGAACAAAACCAGUCCUGAGAAACCAUUACAUUUCACUGAUCUGGUAAGAUCUUUUUUUCUUCCCAAAGACCUAAACACCAAAGAUCCAAACCCAAAAGACCCAAGUAGUCAGACAAUUAAAAAACAUUACAGAGCAACUAGGCUGCACCAAGCAGGAAUGAAGUUCAAGCCAAAGAAGCCAGUUGAAUAUAACAUAAAAUCAUGGACGGAUCCGGAAGAUGAUUCUAUCGAGAAAGGUAAGUUAUAUCUUCCAACCCUUGAGAUUGACGAUCAUACUGAAUGUCUCUUUCGAAACCUGAUGGCGCUGGAGCAGUGUCAUUAUCCUUAUGAAGCGUUCAUCUGCGGGUAUGUUAUAUUCUUGGAUUUUCUUGUGGAUACCAAAGAAGAUGCAGAUUUGCUCAUUAAAAGUGAAGUUAUUGUUAAUAUGCUUGGAGAAAGUGAUGGCGUGGCUAAGCUGAUUAACAAACUUUGCCAAGGAAUCGCAGAAGUCUCUUCGUGCUAUAACAGGCUCGCCCAAGCUUUAGAUAAAUACUAUGACAGCCGGUUUAACAAGAGAAAGGCCUACCUCAGAAGACAUUAUUUCAAGAAUGUUUGGAUAGGCACUGGAACCGUUGUUGGAUUGAUCGUCCUGUUCAUCACUUUGGGAAACUUUGUUCGAUCUUUUUUUUAGUACUCAAGGUUCGAUUGCUUCAGUGUCUGUACAAUUCCUCCUUUCCUUUUCUGUGGCUAAUAAAUUUUACUUCACUUGUUUGAUUGUAAAAAUAAAAGAAUAAUCAUCAGUAUUGUACUUUGUUGUAAUCAACUUUAAGGAAUGUUAUCUAGUGUGUCUAUGUACUUUUGUA